AUGUACUCGUCCUUCACCGCGCGCGCGACGACGCAGGCAUCGUCUCGCGCGGCUCUCAGCGGGGCUCCGCUCGCCUGCCCGUCCCGGGCAUCGCGCGCGUCCGCCUCGCGAUCACGCGUCCGCGUCCAUGCCGACGCGAGCGAUGACCUCGCUCGCAAGGCCACCGUACUCACGGAUGACCUCAAGGCGAUGAAGACGACGAUGCCGACGAUUCGACGCGUCGUCGCCGGGAACAGAAACGAUCUCAAGGCGCUGAGCCUGUAUCAAGACGCACUCGAGGGGAAAGUGCCUACGGAUUACGACGACGUGUCGAAACUUGAGAAGACUUUAGACGAUCUGGCGUCGUACGUCGAGCAAAGAGCGGAGGAGGAGCAGUUCUGGGCGAACAGGGAGGGUAAGGUGACCUCGAGCGUGGUGGACGACACGAACUUGACGGAGGACGAAAAGAGAGAGGUCGCGAGCAUUUUGGGGAACGUCGUGACUUGGGGGGUGCAGGGAGCGACAUGGAAUGCGCUCAUCUUACUCAUCGGAUUCGUCUCGCUCGUGACGUUCGUGUUGCCGAAUCAAUGA